AACUGGGGUUUCGGGGGGUUCCUGUUUACAUGACUAACUGGAGUUCCCGCCUAGCCCAUCCCCACUGCACUGAGGCGGGAUUGUUUUUGCCGAGUUGUCGCUGCCGUCAAUAUCUGAGUCUUGCUAAAAAAAUGAGUCGUCCUCUCGAUUCGGAUAGUGAAAGAAUCUUUAGUGAUGAUGAUGAAGAGAGUGUCGUAAGUUCCUGCAGAGGUUCCACACCAAAACAGGCGACAAAUGGGGCUUGUAGUUCAGGCCAAAUUGCCAAGACUCCAAAAAGACGCCGAAUUCUGCCCGCCAUGUCUGAUUCAUCGGAGGAAGAUGAAAGUGACCACUGUGAUGAAGAAAAUUCUCGGGUAGGAAAUGAUGACAGUUCGAGAGCCAGCAGUGCUUCUUCUACACCGACUACUAGUAACCAGCUGCAGUCAAGAAAAAGGGUCCGAGUGAAUGAAACCCCUGUUUGUGAACGAAAUAAAUCUACAAGAAGUUUGUUGGAGAAAAUCCUUCUCCAACAAGAUGAAAUACUUAAACGUAUAAAGGUGUUGGAAAAAAAAGAAAAUGAAAAGGCAGAAACCCGCGAAGAGAAGGUCUACGUACCACCAAGUAUACGGAAUGCAAUUAGAGAUGGUUAUGCCGAUGGCCUUAAACGAGGAUAUGUUUGGGCUUUUGACAAAAAGAAGCAGCAAGAUGAAGAAAACACGGAUAUGACCAGUCAUAUUUUGUUGUUUGUCAAAGGCUGGAACUCUGAUGUUGAAGAGAGGGUCAUCCACUGUGGCAUUAAAAGAUACUUCAUCUCAAAGAAGCAGGAGGCAGUCCUGAAGUCCAAGAACAAGCUUCAAGAACAGAAGCAAAAGAGAGUUUUAUAUGAGAGAAAGAAGGAGAAAACAAAGAGGAGAAAGCAGGCGUUAGACCACCUGGCCAGUAAGGGAUGGGAAAACGAAAUGAGGAGGGCCCAGGUGAGGAGCAUACUUAAGGUGGAGUUUACAUCUAGUGAUGAGGAAUGCGAUGGAGGAUUUAUCACUCAUCCUAUCUCAUGGCAGAGUGAUAAACUGUCAAAAGUCAAAUCCCAUCUUGACAAAACAUUUCUAGAGAUAUGCUCUGUUAAGAGCAAAAGAAUGUUGCAGUCUAGGAGUGUUGGGGCUGUUAACAUCAAGCCUACUCCUACAUGCCCAGAGGUAUUUCCCUGGAUGAUUAAAAAAGAUUAGUUUGAUUUUUUAAAGAUAUAUAUGGUGUAACGUACUAUUCAU